AUUCAGAUGCUCAAACCUUAGCAACUUCACAAAGGUCGGCGUUGCUGCUCAGCCUAAUUCCUUUUGCAGGUCUUGAAGCUUGCAGGUCGAGAACUGUAGCAUAGCUGGCCAAGAGCCACAGCUACGCCUGCCGUGGCCAUAAAGAUGUCAGAUGCAAAAUGGCUUUCUGGCAGUUCUGCAAGGGAUGGUCUUCGGGACUUGCUCAGUGGAAUGGUUUCUGGCUUUGUGUGCAAGAUCGUGGAGUACCCUGCGGACACCAUCAAGGUGCUCGAGCAGACUGGCGGCAACCGCUUCAGCGGACCAAUAGAUUGCUUCUUUAAGACAGUUACGGAAUCUGGAGCUCUUUCACUAUAUCGUGGGCUUACUGCACCUUUGUUGGGUUCUAUGGCAGAGUGCGCAAGUCUAUUUACCUCUUAUGGCUAUGCGAAGAAAGUGCUGGGAGUCAACGAAGAGGCAGCGACUCCUAGCAAUCCAGUCCCAUUUUGGAAGCUGGUGGUCUCAGGUGCCGGAAGCGGUUUUGCCUCAAGCUGUGUUCUCACGCCUGUUGAGUUGGUCAAAUGCAGACUUCAGGCCCAGUUGAAUUGCCCAAGUGGAAGCACAGAUUACAAGGGCCCAAUCGAUUGCAUUGUGCGGACAGUGCGGGAAGAAGGAGUGACCGGCCUUUGGAGAGGCAAUCUGAGCACCUUGGCACGUGAAGUUCCAGGCAAUAUGGCUUGGUUUGGUGUCUACGAGGCUGGGAUGCGGUUUGUUCAACAAGCUCGGGGAGAUGAGAGGAAAAAGGAUGUCCCGCUCUACUGGUCUGCGUUGUCCGGAUCUGCAGCUGGGGUUGCCUACUGGGCGCUUCCGUUUCCCGCAGACACAGUCAAAUCCAAGAUUCAGACCGAUAGUCGAUUCCAAGGCGAAUCAUUCGUUUCUGUCUUCAAGACAGUUGUGAAAGAGGAAGGUGUGGCUGGUCUCUACCGAGGCUGUCCUAUCACUUGCCUCCGCGCGAUACCAUCUCAUGCUUUGGUCUUCUACUUUUAUGAGGCGGCCGACCGCUUCCUGCUUCGAUUCUGAGCAAAUAUGCAAGAGAGCCAAAGUGCUUCGAUUUGUCUUUGCUCGGAGGGCCGAAAA